CGCAGUAAAACGUGUCGGACUGGCCGGAAGUGGCUUGUUGAAGUCACAUUGAAGAAGAAAACCCGGUCACUGUAUUAUCUGGUCACGUGACAAGUCAACCCAUUCCUAAUGACUUUAUUAUUGGGAUGAUCAUUUACAAUGUUUUCUUCAAAAGUUGUCCCUCAUCUCGGUCUAUUACGUAGAGUGACCUUUGCACUGCAAACCCAUGGAUCCAUUUUGAAUGGCUGUGCACCUCCAAGCUUUCCUGCUUCUUGCUUCUCCCUAAAACAUAAACUCAGGACGUACGUGACAGCAGCGGACAACACAGCUCCUCCUCGAUGGGUGCAGCUUGAGCCAGAGCUGGAGGACGCUCUGGUGCCACGCAAACUGUCAGUUAGUCCUCUGGAGAGUUGGCUCUCCCUGCGUUACUCCCUCCCUCCCCUGCUGGAGGCCGCUCAACCACAGGAGGAUGUCGGGCUGCUGGAAGAGAAGAUGCUGCCACCCAUCUCUGUCCCUGUUUUGGAGGAUGAAACGGGCUCAGUUACACCCUUACAAUGCAAGAAUGUUCUCAAGAUCAGGCGACGAAAGAUGAACCGGCAUAAUUAUAGGAAGCUACAAAAACGGAUUAAAUUCUUGAAAAGAAGAGUGCUGGCAGGCAGGGGGAGGAAGAAGCAGAAACGAUUUGAGGAGGAUUUGAAGAGGAUUUGGACUCGCGCUGGACUGAAGACAGCUCCAGAGGGAUGGACCACAGCGAAGAUCUUCAUUAAACAGAAUGUAAACAAAAGGCAUUGACAAACACUCAGCGGUUCCAGAUUGCGUUGCGUACCUCACACUGGGUGUGUAUGUACAUCAUCAAAACAGGCAGACGGCUUUCUGUGUUUUGCUUAACUGCUGCACGAUUCUAUAUGAAGAUGGUGAAUCUGUGUACAACUAUUUUUUAACAAUGUAACUAAGUAAUAAAGAGCCUUUCCUGUUGAGACCAAA